AUGUUCAACCUUCCCCUCACCAUUCACGGCUUAUACAACAAAGUACCCGGAAUCACCUCUUUUCUUCCUUGGAAGCGUCCCGUUACCAAUCUCAAGACAGCCAAAUCCCUCAGAAAACUCGCUCGGCAAAAUUCCGUUCGCAAUAGUCAGCCUCUAAUUCGUGAUCCGUCCAUCCCUAGACGCGGCCUUCCUCCUCUCCAUCCACGUAAAUGCGCUCAUCCUGUCCCUCGACAGCCGAGCAUCGUGCGCCAACGUGCGGCUGCCUUGCGGGUCAAACGUGUUGAAGCUCUCAGAGCUUCAAACUCCCGUAAGAAGCUUCCCGUUACUCCUCCUCCUCCAACUAAUCCCGUACCGCAACCCGUAAGAAAACCCAUUCCACGAUCAGCACCCGGGCCUAACCUCGGUUUCAAACCUGAAGCUGCCCAAGCAAAGCUCGAUGCUGCUUGUGAUCGGGCUGAACGCACCGGUCCUUUGCCGCGAACGUACGAGGAUACGGUUUUCGUCGAGAACAUGUCGAAAAUGAACUUUCAGCAUCGAUUCCUUACGGAGAUUUUCGCUACCCGCAUGAGGGUGGAAAAGGCACAUGGUAGGAUUGAGGAAAGGUUGAGGCAGCAAAAGGAGCAUGAGGAAAAGGCCAAGAUUCUUCGUGCGAAGGCGAAACUGCAGCAGCAAUCACAACCACCUCAACCUCAACCUGAACAACACCAGCCAUAUCCACAGCAGCCCCGUCCACACCUGCCUCCGCAACAAGCAACAAACCCUCCUCCUAUGCCUUCUCCUCUUGUAUUCCACGUAACCCCUCCCCAGCCAUCUCCUAAACCGCCUCGACAGCCACCCAGCGAAUCCAUCCGUCGUGAGUGGGCACGCCAAGAAGAAAUCCUCCAAGAACACCGCGCCCGACGUGCACACCAAGACCGUAUCGCCGCCGGCGAAAUCCCACCAAACACCCCUCUUCCACAACCGCUUCGACCUCAAUGGAGUCUCUGGGAAAAGGCGAGGAUUGGAUUGGAUAAGGUGUAUCAGGAGGUUGCCGAGGAACGGAAGAUGAGAGAAAAGAAGGAAAGGAAACAGAGGGAAGCAAGAAGGAAACAGGAAGAAGAAGCGGCUCGAGCUGCGUGGGCGCAGCAAGCCCAAGCUCGGGCGGAGGAAGAACGAAGGAGAAAGUACACAGCGGAACAACAAGAGCAGGCGAGGAUGAAGGCUGAGUGGGAGGACAAAAUCCGCAGAGAGACUGCGUUGGCUGAAGAGUUGAAAAAAGCUGAAGAGGAAAAAGCUCGUAGACGAGCGCAGGCUGCUCGUGAAACCGGAACCGCAGGAGUCCAACGAUCUGCCUCGAUCCCAUUCAUUCCUCCCCAGACUGACGACCCCGAACUCUUCCACUGGGAAAUGUAUGACCGGCGCUGGGCCGCAAUCAGACGCGAAGGCGUUGAGUUCGUUCCCUUCCCUUUGCGGUUCGACCAACUCCCCUGGCCCGUUUUCCAUUUCAAGCCCACAUCCGUCAUUACUAUCGAUGAUCUUUCUGAAGAUGACAUCCGUUUUUUUGUUCUGAACACGAAGAGACCAGGGUAUGAAGGGAAAGAGGCGAAGGAGAGGUUGAGGGCUGAGUUGUUGAGGUAUCAUCCGGAUAAGUUUGGUGCGAGGGUGUUGCCAUAUGUUUUGGAAGUGAACGAGGAGAGGGAAAAGGUUAUGGAGGGUGCGAAGAGGGUUACAGAGGUUUUGUACCAGUUGUUGAAAACCCUACCCGCUGCCUAA